UCAUCUCUCCUCCAAUCGGCAAGCCAACUGGUACCAUCUUCGCCGCUAGGGACUUGGCCACACCUCUUCCACACACAUAUCUUCUGAUUCUGAUAGCACGCCCGCGUACCCAAAACCCACCAACAAGAAAUCUAUAGCUACAGGGACUUGAGAAAGAAAGAGGAAGAUGUCAGUGGCCUCCUCAAUACCUUGCAUAAGAAUCCCAAACCCAUCAUCAUCAUCAUCAUCAUGCUCCUCUCCUCCAUCUUCCUCUUCAUCAACAACUUCCACCUCCUAUUGUUUUAGAUUUUCCACACUAACAAAGCCUUGUUCUUUGACCAUCAGGAGCUCUCAAGCUGAAGGGCCCGUGAGGAGACCUGUUGCCCCUCCUCUUAGAGAACCCUCUCCACCAACUCCCUCACCUGCCUUGAAGCCUAUGCCUCCCUCUUCACCAUCUUCUCCUGUGGUUCCACCACCCAAGCCGGCUGCUCAGGUGGCUGUGGGAGACAAGAAUGUGACCACUUUAGAGUUUCAGAGGCAAAAGGCUAAGGAGCUUCAGGAUUUCUUUAAGCAAAAGAAGCUUGAGGAGAAAGAUCAGGGCCCUUUCUUUGGGUUCCUUGGCAAGAAUGAGAUUACUAAUGGAAGAUGGGCAAUGUUUGGUUUUGCUGUUGGGAUGCUAACCGAGUACGCUACAGGCUCAGACUUUGUUGAUCAAGUAAAGAUUCUUCUCUCCAAUUUCGGGAUAAUUGAUCUAGAAUGAUUCGAUUUGUCAUCCUCGGCGGCAUGGAUAACUUUUGACUUCUGUAUUUGCCUUCUUAAUCUUCAAAGCCAUAAAUACAUUUUCAGUUUCUGUAAUUGCUCUAUCAUAUCCAACAUUCUGCAACUCCUAUAGUAAUUGGUUUCCCACAAGCUUCAUUGAUGGAUUAUCACAAACUGAAUCAUUGAUGUUCACUAGAUUUGCAAGAAUACAAGUAUUUCUUUUUGGUUA